AUGCAGAUCAUGUUUGGGCGUAAGAAUAAACCGAAAUCGGUUAAGUCCAAUUCCUUCAUCGAGCCUUCUCCAUCAUUGUCUUCAGGUUUCGCACAAGAAGUUUUAGAUCUCGAAGGCGAAUUAGAUUUCUGCUGCAAUAUUGAGACAAUUCAAAGACUUUUGCAGCUCUACACCCAGGCAAUCGAAUUCUUCGAGUCAAUAAAAGACCCAAAAUACCUCCACUAUCAAGAAAGAAUGCAAAAUUUAUUGGCACGAAAAGAUGUGCUCCAAGUAAUUAAAAAUCCCCAAGGAGAAAACAGAAGUGUGACGCCAACCCCGACACUAUCCACCGAAACCUUUAAGAAAAAAGCUGAACAAAGACAAAAAAUGAGGGUCAAACAAGCAGAUGUCCAUUUAAACAAAGAUGUGGCUAUUGAAAGAAACGCUGAACAAACGAUAAUCACUCAUGCCAGCUCAAAUACCAUGAUUAAAGGCAAAAUUAAAGAAAAUUUAAAAUUGCAGGCAGAUUCACUUAAUAUGAGGCUUCAUGAAAGAAAAAGCCACUGUAAGACGCCUUCACCUGAUAAAUUAAAUAGGAGAUCAACAAUAGGAGAAUUUACUAUUAGACCAGAAUUAAGCCCUGAAAAUGAAGAAAGUGAUAGGAGCGGCGGGUUUUGCAAAAAAACUCCGCUUGAAUUGUUUGAACAAGAAGUAGAAAGCAUUAUGGAAAAUUUUGUGGAAGAAAAAGCAAAAAUAAAAAGCCGAAUUAUGGAAAAUUAUAACGAGGAGUUAAGAGAAGUGACAAAAAUGGGAGACUCGCCACUAUUAAAUGACAUUAAAAAUCAGAUGAAAAAAGUUAUGGAAGAAGAACUAGCAGAAGCUUUAGCUGAGGUAGAAAAAAAGAGAAAGCAAGCGAUUGACAAUGCAAAGCAGAAGUUAUUAUCAUCAAAUUAG